AUGGCUGUCCAAGCUAGGCAAAAUCCAAUCGUGUUGGUGAUUGAUUUUCACCAUGCGCGGGGCCCGGAGGUGGAGCUCUGUAUCGCGGACGAGGGUACCAGUCCCGCCACUGACAAUGACUGGUCACUUUUACCAUUUAUGGCUCUCUCGGAUGGCGCACAUCUGUCGACCGAGGAAUUCUCAUACUUUACGCUUCGACAAAAAGAAACACCCACGACGCCCGUUACGUCUCUCUUCGGCAUAGCCUGCUCUCGCCAGCUGGACUCGAAUCUUUUGAUUGACCGUCCGCCUGAUGUGACUCGAUCCACGGUGCAAAAGGCUGUAGUCGUGGUGACAGAUAGCCCCCGGAGAGUGGGCCAAUUACGCGAGAAAUUAUCAGUGGUGACUUCGGCAUGGUUUGCUCAGCGAGACUUCACCGACAUUGAUAUCUUGAGGAAAUUUCGUGAGGGCUUGGUGAUAAGCCUUUUGAACGAUGACUCAAAAGACCAAAAUCUAGGUCUCUCGCUUCGUGAAAUGAUCCACGAGUUCAAGUAUCAAACGUUGGUCCUGUUCAAGGGCCUUUUACUUCAGCCGAAGAUGCUUUUUUUUGGAACUCGCUGCGAGCGGCUUUGCAUGAUUCAAUUUUCUCUUAUCUCCCUGAUUCCAGGUCUGAUUGAUGCUCUGCAAGACUGUGCCGACCCUGCGUUCGACAGCUACGCGGAGACGGUCGAGAAGCCAACAUCGCUCAAAACAAGUGAUCGAAGCUCCUUGUUGGCAUAUAUGGGCCUGCCUUUGCAAAUAUUCGGCAAGGGGAGUAUGUUCGGCCCUUAUACCCCACUACAGCAGCUGGAUUUGCUAGCCGACGAUGGAACCAAAUCGUACGUGGUGGGAUCGACAAAUUCGCUUUUGCUACAGCAGAAAGACCGCUACAGCGAUAUAUUGAUCAAUCUUGACGAAGAUACCAUCAACAUUUCUUCUCUACCGCUCCGUACUGCCCUCGUUCUCUCUACGGCUGACAGACGAUGGAUCGAUCUACUCACCCAAAUCGUCAAUGACACAUGGGAUGAGGAUCAUCCGUCGCGGCCCAAGACCCUCGGCUUCAUGGGCUCUGAAGAGUUCAUUCGAAUGCAAUUCGAGGAGUACCUACUUGCUCUCCUGUCUUGCAUGAAAUACCACGAGGAGCUCAAUUCGCUCGCCUCUGCCGAAUCCCCUCAUCGAGCCAUGAGUCAGCUGCAAGCUUUCAAUAUCGAAGGUGAUCCCGCCCUUGACUUCAACGCCGACUUCCUCGCUCAAUGGCAGAAGACCUCCAAUUACGCUCUCUUUUCUCGCCUUACGUCUGACGCGCUACUAUUCUCUAUCACCGAACCCCGCCACCCUAGUGCGGGUGGACUGACCAUGGAAGACGUCCAACGGCGAAUCGCUCAGCAAGUGGCCGAAUUGCACUUGGACGAGCGAGUCCGCGAAGGCCGUGAAGCGCUCAAUCGACACUUAUCUACCGGCCAAAAGAAAGUAAGCGCUGCAUUCAACAGCUUCUGGUCAGACAUCGAGGCCAUGCGCGAAGCACAAAAGAAGCGGAAUGAAGAACGAGCCUCUCAACUACAGCGCACGUCAAUCGAUAAGGAAGGCCCUGCUUCUCCCCCAUCCGCAGCAUCAGAGCCAGCGACUGAAAAUUCCGGAUCAUGGUUUGGCGCACGUCAGAGACCUUCAAUUGACGUUAGCCAAGCACAAGCCUCGGUAGCUGCGGCCAGCCAGAAGGCAGGGGCAUACCUCAGCUCAUGGGGGUCCUGGGCUAGUGAUAAACGCCGUGAAUGGCAAGAAAAACGCACGACCUCUCCCAAUCCAAGUCCCAGCAUUGCUGCAUCUCCCUCCACCCCGACAUUGCCGUCCGCGAAUGAGAAUAUCUUUGACUCGGACCGUGGUCGCCGUCGGUCGAUGCAGCGACACAGCGAAGAUUCCGAAGGUCUUUCGCGAAGUCUCAGUCGCCGGAAGCGCUGGAGUAAUAAGAUUCUCCGACGUGAAAGCGGCGAGUACAAGCGAGAAGACCUAGAGGGGACUGAACCCUCGUUUCCCAAAUCUCCCUUGUCCCAUGGCUCUCCGGUAUACGAUUCCAAGGCCGCAAAGGAUGAGGCAAAGGCAGAUCCACCAGGCCUCCAAGACCAAGCUUCCCAUCAGCUUAACGCUGUCAGUGAUGGACCUUCUCCAGCAACGUCUUCGGCACCCCAAGAAAUGGCUGAAAAGGAAAGAAACGAAAUUCAAAAAUCCUCCUCGGGCGAGAAGGUUGAUGACUCGACCACGCCAGCUACCCAUGUCAAUCAAGACACACACGCCUUGGAGUCAAACAGGCCCGUUCCGGAGUCCACGAGUGCUCAGUAG